AUGUCAAUGGCGGAACUCAUGAAGGACGACAGUAUGAUUGUCAACGACAGUUUCGCUGAAGACUGUUCAAAAUUUGCUGAAACUGUGGAAGCUGACGUUGUCAUCUUCUUAGAUCUAUUCCGGAAGACGUUCCAGGCGAGUCAUAACUUCAAGCGCACUGGCUUGCUAGACGUAAUGGCAGGCCAAUCUGUUCACAUCGGCGCAUACAUUUUAAUCUUCUGCGGUGUAUGCCUCAUUCUAUCAAAUGAAUAUCUCCCCACCCAGUUUCAUGGUAUCACAUCGCCUUCAGUUCUUUGGCCGAUCCUAACAAUUCCUACAUAUGUUUCUUUGCGUGCUUUCAGGCAUCUUGGCCGUCUCGAAAGAGCCACCGCCACAGUUUACCGAGAACUGUAUAUGUUCGUUGCGGCUAGGAUGGAGCUGGCUGGCUGGAUAAGGUCGUUGGCUGGAUUACGCGGUACUAGGCGGGAGUUUUGCCACUUGCUAUCAGCAGGCUCGAAACAUUCCAGAAGCAUGUGCUUCACUUCUGGACUGGAAGAUUUACUUAACACCUGCGACAGUCUCUGUGACGACGACAAGAUAUGGGAUGACUUACCUUCCUAUCCCACCCCAGCUGACUCAAAGUCAGGGUCUGUUUCGCCUCACCAGACCGCGCGCACUCACGAUCCUGCGGCUUCCCCAAUAGCCCAACAGCCCUCAUCCCGCCCCGAAAGUGUUAAGGGGUCCUUGGAUGACCGCGCCAUGAGGGCUGGCCCUAGUAGCAAUCAGACCGUUUCUGGCACCAUGAAAGCACUGAGCUCUUCAUAUGUCGAAGGAAGUCGGCCUCCGGACAAUUCUAAAUCCGAGUCCGGCUCCGAUUCACCUAUUCAGCAUGCCGCGACGGAAGCUACGCCGCUCCUUAUACCGAGGAACCUCGCACGCUCUCCUUGAUAAUGGCAGUCUCUGUACUGGACAUUCGCCGUUGCUCAUAGACUUUCGGGAGUAUCUUCGCCUUGCGGAAUUCUCUGCACACUUACCAUCCAAGUCACCGUAUAUACUUGAAAAGCUCCUGAACUGGCUUUGUCAGUCUACAACUAUCUAGAUUCUGCAUUCUCAAUCUCUCUUUGGCAUAGUGUCGGCUAGCGAAAAGGACUCUUUGAACUUCCGCUACUUGUUGUAGAAAUUGCGUUCGAGUCAACAAUUGCCUGUAUUUUUCUG